UAGCUGAAGUCCAGCACCAAAAAUAACCAGAAAAAAGAAGUACUCAUCUUCAUUCAAUGGCCUCAUUCUCACAACCUCCAUUCUUCUCUUCCCUUGUUCCCAUCAAGAAGACCAACACUCUUGCUUUCUCUUCACAGCCCACUAAGUUCCUCACCUUCAAGAACUCAAAAAUCUCAUCCUCCUCUGCAGAAUCUUCACCAUAUUCUCAAGAAAAUUCACCGGAAACCCAACCCCAGGAAGAAGACCCGGUUAAACUUGCAUUUGCCAAAGCUAAGGCGUACAAGAGUUCCACACAGUCCAGUAAUCCGGCUCCGAGGAUUGUUGAGAACCCACUUCUAGAGCCAUAUGCUAGAGUGAAUGGAAGUGAUGGCGAUGGUUCAAUCUCUGAUGAACUUCAGGAUGGGGAUGUGAGUAAAGAGGUUCCUUUGGCUGUUAAACUUGCACUGGAAAAGGCAAAGGAGUACAAAAAAAGCAAAAGUCUUGUAGAGAGUGAAGAGGCUGUUCCAGAGAUUGUUCAAAGUUCAGGUGUGGAGUCGGCUGAAAUGGAGGAAAAUGAUGGGUUGAAAGCUGAUGAAGUCAAGGAUGAUGGUGGACAGAAGGAGGUUCCUUUGGCGGUUAAAUUAUCAUUAGAGAAAGCAAAGGAGUAUAGGAAGAAUAAGGGUGUUGUGGGUGGGGAAGAUGAGGGAAGUGAAACAUUAACUUCAGGAUUUAAUCGAGUAAAUGAGAGAAGUCCUGGAGAUAAGCAAUCAAUUAGGGAUGAUGGUAAAAAGGAGGAUUUCUCAAUUUCGAGCAUUGAUUUUGUGGGGCUUGGCUUCUCGGAUAAGAAGAGUGGUAGAAGUUUGCCUGCUGGCUUGGUUCCAAUUUCAGACCCUUUUCCAGAAGGGGAGUUGCCUGAAGUGGAGAUACUUGUUGGAGAUACGAGCAAGUUUGGUGCAGCAGCGUCAAAGCCAAUCCCAGUUGAAGAGGAUAAUGCUGAACUCUAUAAGCCAAAGGUGUCCACGUGGGGAGUGUUUCCAAGGCCAAGCGACAUUUCGCGAACAUAUGGUGGCGGGAGAACCAUACGUCCUGGGGAGGCGCUUGAAACAGCAGAUGAGCGAGCUGCCAAAGAAGCACGUACAAGGCAGUUGCUAGCUGCCUACAAGAGCAAAAUUGGCCUAAAGAUUGACCCAAAGCUGAAAUCUGAAUGUGAAAAGGCAUUGAAGGAUGGUGAUUCACUGAUGGACCUUGGCGAACUGGAGGAGGCAUUACCCUUUUAUGAAAAAGUCAUGGAAAAGUUGGCUUUCCAGAGUGAACUUCAUGGAUUAGCAGCUCUGCAGUGGUCUAUAUGUCAGGACUCACUCAGCAGACCCAAUGAAGCACGCAUGAUGUACGAGAAGCUUCAGUCUCACCCCAGUCCUCAAGUGAGCAAGAAGGCUAGGCAAUUUUUCUUUAGCUUCCAGGCAAUGGAAAUGAUGAAGGUUACCAGCUCGACCCGUUCGUCUCUCAAUACUGGUUAUCAAAAUUAUUUUGAAGCAUUUCUACAAGAAAAGACAAAUUAUUCAUUGAAAGAGGAUCAGGUGGAUGAAGGUGGAUUGAGUCAAGCCCUCCCCUAUGUUGUUUUUCUGGUUUCUCCCGUUGUUAUUGUGUUACUAAUUGCUGCUUCUAGGUUCCAAUAAAUAUAUUUUCUUUUUCUUUUGAAGUGUAAAUAGGUCCUAGAUAAUCUUUCGGUUCGUGAUAUUUAUCGAUACCAAGUUAUCUAUACUUUCUUCCUACAAAAAGUGUUCAUAUUAGUAUUUAGUGAAUUUCGGAAUGUGUUGGUGAAAAUGUUUUUAUUUCA